AGUUUUUCAGAAGGAACAUGUGAAAAGUGGAAAGAUGUCUCUUUUACACCCGACAGUGAAUGCAUUAACGGGACCUUAUUUCUUCUCUCUCCUAAUUCUGAAGACACUGCGAUACAAUGGAUCCCAGUUAGUGGCAACAUUUCAGAUGAUCAUAUUCCCCCUAAAAUUCCUCUUUACAACAUCACACAAGUUGAACGUCGUCGAGUAGGUUUCAAUCGUAGUUAUAUGGGUAUCAUCCUUCGGAUCAAUCCGAGCAUCGUAUACGGUCCUUUUGAAUUCAUCAAAGGUGGUUCUGGAGAAUUUAUCAGUAAACUCCGUUCAUUUGUUGAUCUUCAACGGCUGUCAGGUGAUGCAGAAAUUUAUAAGGUUACAAGAAAGACUACUACCUAUCAGUUACCGACAUCCAAAUAUUCUGCAACACCAAUGUCCUUACUUCAGGGUGUGGGAACCCGUGUUAUGAAUGCUUUUGAGGGUCUUCGAGUGAGUGGAGAUGCAUUUAUGAACGGCGUAGUAGGCAACAAUUUCUACCCCGAUCGUACCUCGCCAGGCACCUUCGCUUUUAUUGACCCUGAUCUGGUGUCACCCGCCAACAUGCCUCUCAUGGGUGAGAGAAUUGCGCCCAACCAUUUGCCUACCUCUGGAGAGGCUUUUACAACUUCCUCAGCACCAGGAGAUGACGGGGAAUAUCAAAUUAUAUCUCGUGCUCCUCCCAAAAUCACCAUACCGGAUCUGAAACCUGUCCAACGCAAGCACGCGGUCACAAUGGAGGUCUGGAAAAGACAUCUGGAUAGGGAGGGUCGUGUUACUGUUGUGGCGAAACUACAGAAUGCUAUUUAUAGUGGAGUAAGUUCUCUCACUUUGGAAUAUCACUAA